AUGCCUCGCCUAUUAGCGACUCAAUCUCAUGUUGUGCAUGGUUAUGUAGGCAAUAAAGCCGCUACAUUUCCCUUGCAAUGUAUAGGCUGGGAUGUAGACUGCGUGAAUACCGUUCAGUUUUCCAAUCAUACCGGCUAUGGAAUGGAUAAAGUUUUCGGAACGUUGACUAAGAAAGAGGACUUAGAGGCUCUUUUAAAAGGGGUAUCCGAGUUAAAGGAUUACAAUGCGCUGCUUUCUGGCUACCUUCCCAACCGAGAGUCUGUGAAUUGUAUGGCUGAGUACUACUCUCAAAUGAAGAAGGAAAACCCGGAGUUGCUGUGGCUUCUCGAUCCUGUAAUGGGAGAUGACGGGGAGCUAUACGUCAACAAGGACGUCGUUCCAGAAUACAAGGCUCUCGUAGCGUCAUCUCUUGUUGAUGUGAUAACGCCCAACCAAUUCGAGCUGGAAAUCCUGUAUGGCAACAAGAUAUGCAAUGUAUCGACUCUAAAGAGAGCAUUGGCUCAGCUACAUGAAACGGUUCCCGUAGUUGUGGUGACUUCCUGUUCGCCCACCCUUUUCAAAGAUCCGACUCACAUAUAUUGCGUGGCAUCGUUGCGCAAUUAUGGUGCCGUCGUGUGCCGUGUUCCGGUUAUCGACUCAUACUUCACAGGUGUGGGCGACCUUUUCUCUGCACUUUUAAUAGACCGUCUCUUCCAUAUGUUCCUUACAAAUUCGUCAAGCUUCGCAGAGGAGGUUAACCACGUUUUGAAUGUGAUCCAUAGUGUACUUGAGGUAACGUUGGAACUUUCCCCCAAAAAUGUCAAAGCUGCGAUGGGCUCCCCGCAGGAGAUGAAAGAGAUGGAACUCAGGAUUAUCGAAAGUCGCGACUGCUAUGAAAAGGAGGAGAUGGAGCAUAAUUUCAUUUAUAAACGUCUAUAA